UGGUGGUGGUGGUAGUGGUGGUGGAGGGCUGCGGUCUGUAGGAGUGUGAGGACGUGGUGCGUGUGAGUGUGUUUCGGGCGUGCAUACAUGGAGGACGGAGGCGCGCGCGCGUGUGUGCGUGUGUGAGGGACAAGAGGCAUCGUGCGUCCCCGCCAGUGCCAUUCGCCUGCACGGCUCAGCGCUACCCGCCGGCGACGCCCUCUCUCACAAGUCGGGGGAAGGGGGGAGGGGUUAGUGCUAUGUGAUAACGCUGCCGACGCCUCCUCCUCCUCCUUUCCCCACCCCUCCCAGGCCUCCAGUCCCCAUCCCGUCUCCCUUCCCUUCCCCCCAAGGACAACAGCCGCAGUAGGAGAGGCAGGUGACGCAGCCUCCUCUUCGCCGUCGCCCGCAGCCGGUUCACUUGUCCCUCCCUCCCUCCCACCCUCCCACCGCACCCUCCCUCCCUCCCUCCUUUCUUCCCACGACUGGGGGAAAGGAGCGCCUGUGACGGAUCGAGAAGAAAGGAGUGAAAGAAAAGAGAGAAAAAAAAAAAGUGAGACAGCGAAAGAGAGGUGAGGCUGUGGCACGUACGACCAACCAAGUGGUGAACGAAGACCAAUAAGUUAAAUCAGAUGUCCCUCGCCACAGCGGGCCGCGCCACCACCACCACCACCACCAUCCCCACCACCACCAACAACAAAAACACCACCACCACCACCACCACCACUGCCGCCGUUAACCCUGCCGCCACCUCCAGUACCCCAUACUAGCGUCCCAGGCUCCCAGCAGUGGUCUUGCAGCCCGCCCCUGCUAAACGGGGCAGUCCUGCCCUCGCCAACCCUGUGAGGUCACCAUGAAGUGUCUCCUCCUCAUCCUCGCCUUGGUCGCCGCUCUGUUGCCCAGAUGAUGGGGCCCUGAAGGGGUGUGAGGGAGUGAAGGGAGAAGAUGGACGCAGAGGAAGAGAAUGAGGGAAGGGCAAUGAAGGGACGGGGCAGGCAGGGAGGGGACGCAAUGAUGUACAAAUGAAGCGAUGAGCACGCGAGGCCUGUCCUGCCUGCCGUGCCGGGAAGUGACUUGCGAACUGCCCGCAGCCGUCAAGCGCUGCCCCUGGGGACUCGUGCUGGACAUGUGUGGCUGCUGCUUCGUGUGCGGCAAGGGCCCCGGUGAGACGUGCGGCGGGCAGUGGGCGUGGCACGGGCGUUGCGGUCACACUCUGGACUGCCUGAAACCGCAUGAGGUCCCCGGCAGCGACAGGGAGCAUGAUCGAGCUGCAGUGGGCGGUGGCAAUGCUUUAGCGCUGCUUAACAUGGAGGAGCCGGCCAGGUGCUACCGACAGAGGGAUUCUGUGGCCGACAGUAUAAGCACCUUCUUUGCGUGGUUCUCCUCGCUCUUUCGAAAUGGGCCGAGGGAUGACUGAAUGACUGAAGGAAGUAGUUGUUUUCGUCUUCCUUCAUACUUUUUAUUAUUCUUUUUUUCGCGGGUCUGCUCGUAUCAGUGAUGACUGUUUGAGUGAUUAUACUUGUUUUCUCCUUCUACUCUUACUCUUCCUCCUCCUCCUCCUCCUCCUACUCCUCCUCCUCCUCCUCCUCCUCCUCCUCCUCCUCCUCCUCCUCCUCCUCUCCUCCUCUUCCUCCUCCUCUUUUUUUCUGUAUAUCACUACGGUACGGUACGGUAUAGCAUUGGUGCCAUGCAAAGCGGACAUGACCGAAAAAAAAAAAAGAAAUCUGAGGUCUUGAUACGGUACAUGAACCUUCGGGAAAUACUGGUGUUUGUCUGUGUGUCUGUGUGUGUGUGUGUGUGUGUGUGUGUGUGUGUGUGUGUGUGUGUGUGUGUGUGU